UGGAACUGGGGUGCCAACCAGGAGGCACGAAGGACCAAAGCGGAACAAGGUGUCAGGCUGUAUUGGAGCUUAUGCCUUGAUCGAACAGCCGGGUCUAUAUGCUUAACGUUAUAACAUUCAGUGUCUUGUCAAGCGUUGUCCUGGAUAACCACUUUCUUGAGCAACACGCACUAUCUUUGGCUGCAUCCUUCCCAAUGGACCUUGAACGUACUGUCGAAGGUACUGUCUGUGCGAGUGACCAGCUGAAAUCAACUUCCGGGUUGGUAAAGGCGAGUAUGAAUAACAAUGAAUGCCCAGGAAGACACUGGACUACAGAUAAAAUCAUAGUAUUCGUACAACAACUACGCCAGCGCUUCAUAAUACAUACAUCCCACUAACGUUACAUGCCUAUCAUGAAUCAUCGAAGCUGUGAUAUAUCAUAAGUCGAUCAAAA